AUGGCUUGCAGAUUUGGCCGCAGGGCUGCGCUGCUUGCAUCAGGUCGACACCAUGCCAGCCUGGUCGAUCGCGGCGAGGGGAUGCAAUUCUCGAGGCAUCUUGUCGACCGCCGCGUAUUGCAUGUGGUCGGUGGCUUCGGUGGAGCGGGUGCCCUCUCCUACAAGAAGCACACGAAGCACACGAUGAUCGGGCCAGGAUGGCCUUGUGGUGGCAGCGGUGGAAAGGGCGGGGACGUUCUAGUCAAGGCGAGUGAAGCGCACUUCAGCCUGGCGCACCUCAAGGGACAUGUGCAAGCUCCAAGCGGACAACCUGGAAAAAAGGGAAAUCUCAACGGUGACACAGGCCGAGACAGCUUCAUAACUGUUCCUCGGGGUGUGAUGGUGCGGGAGAUGGUGCCGCAAGACGGGGAACAAGCUGACCAGGCACCACUUGUGCCUGGUCAGCUGCUGGCUGAUCUGGACAAACCUGGAGAAACUGUGGUGGUGGCUCUCGGAGGCCGUGGUGGAAUGGGCAACAACAUGGCCAGGCCCCAUGAAGCUACGCUGGGCCUGCCUGGAGAAAUUCGCAAGAUCGAGCUCGAACUGAAGAUGGUGGCAGACGUUGGUCUCGUAGGGAUGCCCAAUGCUGGCAAAUCUACGCUGCUAGGGUCUGUCAGUCGCGCAUGUCCGAAGAUUGCUCCUUAUCCUUUCACCACCGUUGCCCCAUAUGUUGGCAAAGUGCAGUUCCUGGAUGGGUCCUCCAUGACCAUCGCUGACGUGCCGGGACUGGUGGAAGGCGCCCAUGCUGGAGAGGGUUUGGGCCAUGAGUUCCUGCGCCACUUAGAGAGAACCAAAGUGUUGCUCUACGUCGUGGACUGUGCCAGAUCAUCCGAUCCCUUCUCAGACUUCCUGAGUCUGCAGCGUGAAGUUGAAGCCUUCUCCAGAAGCAUGGCUUUCAAGCCCUGCGCCGUGAUCGCUACUAAAUGCGACGUGGAUCCCGAGCAGACCUUGCCGAAAGUGGACGUCCUCUUUCGGCUGGUCAGGGAAUCCGACGUCUUCGGCCAGAACUCGCCCAUCUUCGUCCGGGCCAUUUCGGCGAGAUUCGGCGAAGGGGUGAAGGGGCUGCUACAGGAGCUCAGAGUCAUCCUGCAGGGCAACCACGAGCUACUUGGCUUGUGCUUAGCGCUGGCUGGCGAAAGCAGCAGAAAUGCUGCCGACAGACGAUAUGCUGAGUCCUGCAAGUCCUCCUUGGUCGAAUCUCUGCAGUUCUUGCACGGAUUGCCCCAGUACUUCGGUGCUGAGGACUGCAAGUCUGCUUUGCUAGAUGGCAUGCCAGCCGAAGAGGUUCGACAGGGAGAGGCAGACACGGAAAUCGAGUACACUCGCUACACGAACAAGGAGGUGCAGGCAAAGCAGACGAACCUACUAGCAGCUUUGGUCGAUCUCAUCAGACCCCUCGCAGAAAAAGCGGAGACUGCCACCGAGGAGCUCGAGGCCCACACAGUGCAGCGGCUGAAGUGGGAGGCAGAAGCCGAGCGCCGGGCCCGCACGGAUGAGCCCAAGGUGGACGAGAACGGGGAAGAGCUGCCGCCGGAGCCGCGACCAAGCAGACCUGACGAGGAGAAGCUGGAGGGCUGGGGCUUCUCGAAGGGCUCGAAGAUGCACAACUUGGAAGAGGUCCUUCCUUUGGCUUCGCACGUGUGGCUGUCGGAGCAAAGCCUGCGGCAGGAGAUGCGGGGCAACGAUGGGGCCAAGGGUGCCUUCGAGUUCCUCGAGCGAGCGCUCGCGCUGCGGCUCCGUUACCGACACUUCUUGCGACCACCGCUGGUGGAUGUCGACGUGUUGGUUAGCAGCGAACCAGAGCCGGAAAAGGUGAGGCUUCCGGAGCUGUACGAGCUGUUGUCCGGCGACAUCAACCAAUUUUCCCCGCAGAAUCAACCCGGAGCAAGUGCAGACGUAGACGAGUCAGGGAGUCUGACUCGCAAGCGAGGCAAGCACAUCUACAUCAUGGGCCAGCGCUUCGACGCAUGGGAGAGCUGGACAGCCGAGUAUCCCGUGCCAAUCCGUCGCUUGUGCGACCUCCGAGUGGCUUUCAUGCCGAGUGCUCCGGCAGAAAACAGAGCAGCUCCUGCACAUGCGAUUGGGAUACAUGAGCCUCGCCGCGCUGAGAUCAAUGGCAAGGUCGUUGAACCCUGGAUGGGAACUCCUUACAAAUGUGCAGGUGCUGGAGAUUCUUCAGGCUUCGAAGUCUUCGAGGACUCUGAAGAGAUCCGACAGGGGAUGCUCAAGCAGCUGACGAAAGACGGUCUGAUCACUCACAGGGUGCUGGAAGUCCCCGUGGAUGCGCAUCAAGGAAAUUCAGGAAAGCUCUUGACUCCUUACAUCUUCUUCUCUGUGUAUGACGAGCGAAACGUCUGGUCGGCAGAUGGCAAAGCUUGCAAGAUCGAGGCCACGGCGCCUUCGCUCGAUGAUGCGACCCUUCUCCCAGAGGCAGCAGCAGAAGCGGAGGAGAAGCCUAAGGCAAAUAGCGAGAAGCUGCUUCCCCCAUGGAGCCCCCUGAUGGAUUCGGCCUCUAUGGCUACACAUCAAGUACUGGAUCUGACUGCCAUUGUGACCAAGCACGUGCAUGCAUCUCCGCCGAAUGCAAGCUUCAAUGCAUUACUCAGGGCAGACCUCCGGCAAACUCCUGGGGAGCUCCAAGGCAAGCCGUUCCAGUCCUACGUGAUGCUGAGUGCGGCCGUGGAAGCCCCGAGUCCGUCGCUCGUCACCCGUCGCCUGCGGCUUCUUCGAGCCCCGGGCCGAGCCGCUUUUCUUUUAAAGCGUAUAGGUUGCAUCGAAUUUCUUCUUUCGAUUGGCGGUACCCCCGAAGAGGCGAACGCGCUGCUCAAAGAGUGUGAUCGGGGUCGGGAUGACACUCAUAUUAGCGUCACGAACUUCUUGGAUGUCCUCUGCGGCCCUGCAGAUUUAGCUGCGGGCAGGGAAGCGAAGGACUCCGUUGAGCAGCCGCCACAAACUUCAGAGGCGAGCGCGGGGAAACAGACCCUGGAAGCAUCGGCCAAGGAGCCUCCACUAGUACAAACACCGAAGGUGCAGAGUGCUCCCGAGAGAAUAGAAGAGAAGCCGCAGACCGAGUCUGAGGUAGUCAAGGAAGCAGAGCCCUCCAGCGAAGGGAAAGCUGAGGCCCUGGAGGAGCAGCCUGAGCCCGGCCCGGAAGACCCGGCCGAGGAAGCACCAGACAAGGAAGACCCCAACCUGACGACCACAGCCACAACGGCCACUGCAGAAGGCAUGCAGGAGGACGACUCCACUGCAACCCUGCCGACACCUGCAGAAGAAGUCAAAGUUGAAAGCGAUGCUUGCGACAAGGGAGUGGAAUUCCACCCCGACCCUUCAGAUAUGGAUUGGUACUAUGAAUCGUCCUUCAUGCAGUCCAACAGACUCGUGAAAGUGAAGGAGGGAAAAAGAUGGAAAGAAAUGGACCUGCUCCAGGCAUGGAAUUCGCACCCAAUUCCACGAUGGCCUCCGCGCAUGCCACCUUGUGGACCGGUUUCGGCGGACGGUGACCCGACGAGCAUUGGCGACGCUUGGGUCCCCGUUCACGUGCACGUGAACCCUGGCUUGGUUGGACAGUGGGCUCGCCAGUGCACGCGAGAGUACCGGCCCUAUCCUGGAGAAGUGAUGCGCAAGAGGUACAGAAUCGAGCAUGCCAUCGGCGCGGGGCACUUCACGCGUGCAUAUCUCGCGACCGACGUGGAGACCAACGAAAAGGUCUGCAUUAAGCGCCACAAUGGGCUGACUGUCGAACUACUGACGGACUUGCUCACCAUCGGUCGGCGCAUAGAAUCUGUGGACCCUGAGUUCAAGUGCUUUUCCAGGCUGGUCGAAGCUUUCUUCGACAUGGUGGGAUACACUGUGGAGACGCUCUUCGAGGGGCGAAACUGCACCGAGAUUUGCCGGACAAAUCCUAUGCACUUCAAGAAUUUGGACAAUCUUCGGGUUGUUGCCGUCGGAUGCUUGCGCGGCUUGAAGCUUCUGGCAGAAGCCGGCGUCGUGCAUUGUGACAUGAAGGCCGACAACUUCAUGUGGACGAAGACGGAUGAAGGGGAGCCAACGGUUCGAUUGGUGGAUUUUGGCUGUUCUCGGCUGGACAGCCGCUUGGAGAGUGGGCGGAACUGGAGCUUUGCGGAAGGUGGUGCAGGCCACAUCGGGAAGUGGGCCCCUGAGAUGAUGCUGCGAAUCCCCAUCACGGACAAAGCCGAUGUUUGGGGCCACGCGGUCGCCCUGCUCGAGCUCUACUGCGGACGCAACAUGUGGAAUGAGGAGGAAGAUACAGUGGAGUACAUGCUGGCGCAAGCGCUUGGCCUCGUGAACUCCAAGAGUGGACUGCCCGAGAAGCUUCUUCGACGAAGCCCACUUGACAUCAGACAGCUGUACACUCCUUCCCCAGCAUACUUCCCGGUUCAGCGCCUUGGUGUCGCGCCCAACAUUAGCUUCAAGGAGCUUCGGCCGGCGACGUGGGGUUUGGCAUGCGUUCUGGGCGACGAGUCCGAGUGGGAUGAGAUGAAGACGGAGCUGGCGAACUAUGUGUGCAAGUCCAUGAACCUGGAUCCAGAUGACAGGCCAUCUGCCGUGGAACUGAAGCCUGGCACAAGCCAUCCUCGUCGAUGUCCCACAAGUUUGUCGGCAUGGAAGCCGAAGCUGCCGCUUCAGAUCUUUCUCCUUGAAGGCAAGCCGGAAGGAUGCUUUCAACUUCGAUUCCUGAUGCGAAGCAUCUCGGUGUCUUGGCAUGUUAUGGGUUGGGGGGGCUCCUGCCGCAACCAGAAGUGUGGCAUGGAUGCCAAAGCAAAGAGUGUCAAAUCACCAGUUCGCUGGCUGACCGGACACUGGCAUUGGACUUUUCCUGAAUCUUUCUAUUUCACCGAUCCUUCAGAACUGAAGGCCCUACAUAGCCUGUGGAAGGCCAAGACCGGUGGCGAUGAUUUCUUCAGCUCCGAAGCACCGGCUCCCGCAGAAGGAGCUGAUCCGGACCAGGAAGCCGGAGCCACGUCACCCAAAGGAAGGUGGAAGCGCCCGGAGAUCAUGGACCGGCUGCUGGAGCUGGCGGACUGCAUGGAGCGGACCUUGGGCGAAGCCCAGGGCCAGCUGUUUCUUCUAUCUGCGCCAGAUCUACUAGAGGAUUUGUGCGCCUAUGUCUUUCUGACGUUUGCAUGGCCAAAGAUAUGCUACAUGCAGGACAUUUCGCAACAGCAUGAAUUGAAGGAGCGUGUGCUCCAUGAGAGGGAGAAGAAUGAUAUUUCGGAGUGGUCGCAUGUCUUGCGAAGGGUGAUGCCAUUUUUGCUCCGCACCCUGGAAAAGGUGCAGACAGUCGACGCACUCACUUUGGGAAGCGCUGGCUAUGCCUUAGCGCGACUGUUUCUUCAGGAAGGCGACAGCCGCAAUGCUCAAAAGGAGCUCGGCUGUGCGAUUCUUCGACUGGAGCGGGAGCUCGCAAAAGUGGCCACGGCAGGGCCGCAAGCGAGGCUCGAUGCUCAGACAGCUGGGGCACUGUCCUUUGAUCCACCAUCCCUGCGGGCGCCAGGCUUUGCCCUGUUCAGCAAGGCCCUCACGAGCCCGAGCCCAGUGGAGGGACAAGGAUCUCAAGAUGCCGAAGAGCCAGAGAGGCCAAAGACGCCUGGUAGUCCGGCGAGCAGGGUUCAGGAGAGCCCACGUGAAACUGCAAGCGAUGCAGAUGCUGCCAUGAUUCUAAAGGGGUUGCCCAAGAUGCAGCAGGAUCGACUCUGUUUGUUGGAGCGUCUCUACGAUAAAUGGAUCGAGUGUUCGCUGGUGGUUCACCUGCGCAACCCAGAGGCACCCGUCCGAAGGAAGCUGCGCCCCAACGAGGUGCGUGACGAGCAGCCGAUCCAAGUCGCAGGAGAGGGCUCGACGCGGUUGGCGAUGAGUUCUCAAGAGGCCAACGUUCUGGGCCGGCUUGGCGAGAACCCGUAUCUCAGAUGUCUCUUCUUCGUCUCCGUUGCGACGAGAAGGCCCGAAGUGGCAGGUUCUGCCCUGGGCAAGGCCGUUAUCGAAGCAGAUUCGGCAGUGGCUCAGGAGCGAAACCUUUGGGCACAGCAGGAACAAGAACUCCUGCGGCAGCAGCUGGGUGUCCGACGGAGCGAACAAUUUUGCAAGGAGUUCCGGAGAGCGGGCCGGAUGCAACGGAAGCCUCGCUCGCAUCUUCCAGUCGUCGUUGCGCGAAUGCCAGGAUGCAUUCAGCUGCGUCUUCCACCUCUUAUGGGAGGGCUGCCGCCGCCGCUCGUGCCCAUCUCGCACGACCUCGACCCGGCACCAGAGGAGUACAGGGAAGCCAUCCACUCGAAGCGGUUGGGUAUGCAUUCACCGUCACAGACCUCCAUGACCUGCACCCUCUUUGGAAAGUCCGCCGGUGUGGGAACAUCUGUCUCCGAGAUGCACAAAGACCUCCAUGGCACAGGCUUUCGACAUGCCGGCCUUGAACUGGUGGAGGUUACUGGCCUCAAGCCGAAUACAAACUAUUGCUUCGCCACAAUGUACCACGAGGGCUUCGAGGCAAACCGCAUUGCGCUGUCCGCUGUGAGUGCAACAAGCCCGCCGAUUGGGUCUUACUACCCGCUGCCGAUCGCAAUGCUCAGAAUAAAGAUCUGCAAGGCCGCCUUGGCUGCCGGCGAUAUGGGGGUACAAGCCUGGAAGAAGGCUUGGAUACCACUCUUCGAUUCCUUCUGUGAGCGCUGCGCUCCAGAUGAGGAGUUGGACUCCUACGGGCUCCGAGCCUUCAAGCUCCGCCUUGAUGUGGUCGAUCGUUUCCCGCCGGCAAUCUUAGCGGCCUUUGUGGAAGUGGUGCUUAUGCGACAUCGGCUCAAUGCGCAGGCCACGGUGGCAGGUAAAAGUGCUGCUGCUUUCCCGUGCACGAAGCCAGCUCAAAGGGCAGUCUUGCAAGCUGUCAACGAGUGUAUGCUCGCAGUCGACUGUGCGCGACGCGCCGGGUCCCGCUUUCUCACCUGUCAAGCGGUGUCGCUGACGUUGGAGCUGCUGGCCGGCCUGCUCUGCUACCGGACAAGGCCCCAGAUUGUCUUCUCAACGCUUGCCAAGUGCGUCACCUGCCUGGAAGCAUUCCCUGAGCCCGAGAGGCAACUUCCGUGGUACUCCAAGGCCCGAAGGAUGGUGAUGUACCUCCUCCACCAGGUGACGGUCAUGUCUGUGCAGCUGCGGCAGGUUAGUUUCUUGACCAAGCAGCUGGAGCAGGAUUUGCCAGAGCGCUAUGCAGCGAAUCCGCUGGCAGAAUCCACAGAAGUCGCACAAGUCCAGAAACUCUUGCUGGAUCAGGCUAUCGAGCUGGCACUACUUGGUGGCCAACAGUGGCAGUAUGCGGAAAAGAAAGCUACAGUGGCUCUCAAGGACUCCCCAGACAAGGAAGUGCUGCUCAAGUUGCUGAAGGACCUUUCCGAGAAGAGCUACGUGUCCCUGGCAAAAGAAGCAGCUGCUCUUGCUCUGCGAGAGGAGCCGGAGAGGCCUUUGUUUGCUUUGUCGCUGCUGCGGUCCGUGGCCUCGCGAGGGGACCCGCAGGAGCUGUCAGAAAGCCUUUCAACCGUCCUGUCGAAGCACCGCUGCUGCCAGGCAUUGGACGACCGGCUGAGCAAACGUCAGGAGGAAUACAAGAAGUAUGGGUUCUUGCUGCGAGCGUUGCCGCCUUCACGGUUAAGCUUUCCCGAAGAAGCGGAGGACGAAGCGCCUGCCGCUGCUCCAGUUGACGAUGAGGCCACGCUGAAACCCGCCGAGGAUGAGCCUCCGGAGGUGCCCCAGCUCCAACUGGAAGAGAUACUGGACAGUGAGUUCUUGUCGCAGCUGGAACUGAGCCGUGCCGCGGCUCUCAUGCAAGAACUCUGUGGCAUCCAGCGGAAGCGUCAUGAUAUCUCGAGGUUCAGGUUCUUCGAUCUCAAGCAGGUGGCCGUGCCUCUGCUGUCUCCAGAUGGCGCCACGUUAGGCGUCUACGAGGAAAUCGAGGAGCCUCCACCGGUGGAUGAGGCGGAGACGGGAGCAGAAGAAACAGAGCUGACCGACUGGCAGAAAGAGGAGGCUGCUGAAAAGGAGGCGCAAACUCGGUCCUUCUCUGUUCUUCAGGAGCUCCUGAGAUCCCUGGCACGUGCAGCUGGCUAUGCCGCUGCACGGAACGCGGAUCAGCUGCUUCUGGCUUCCUUGGCGACGGCUCUCAAUGCACUCCUUCUUGUCGCGCCAGCUCCUGAAGCUUGUGUCCCAAUGGGCCCAAAGUCGAACCCGAUGGACAUCGAUCCUGACCAGCACGUAGGAGCCGGGGAAGCUGCACCGGAGGAUGCCAAGGACAGUGCUUUACGGCAGGAGCCGGCGACAGAUGUGUGGUUGAGCCUUGCAGUCAUGGCGGAGCUUGCGGUGAAUGCCAUGCUGCGACUGAAGGGCAAGUGGGCUGCAGCAGAUCCGAUGAAAGCGGGCCAGGAUAGCCUGGCAAUCCAGAAAAAGCUUGAUGAGUUGGUUGAGGAGGAGCGGGCUGCCAUGGUGGCCAAGAUUGCUGUGAAAGAGCUGCAGGAUGUGGACGAAGAGCUACACGAUGUGUGGUUUGAGAAAGUGCCAGAGUUGGACAUUGCAAGCGUAGCCAAGCUGGUGGCAUUUUCCGUGCUCUGCCUUUAUCAUAUGAGGCGGUGGAGCAACAUCAUCGUUCUCUGUCGCGGCUUCAAUGAUGCCACCUGCUCGGUGUACGCGACAACAUUCCUGCCGCUCAUGAUUGGAGCGCAAAAGGAGAUCUGCAAUUUGUCCAGUCGGGCUCUUGCGAAUUCUCAGCGCUAUUUAGCGGAGUCGAAGGCAACUUUCGAGGUGGAGCAGAAGAAGUUGCCUCGAAAGCUGCUACGCCAGCUGGCUCUUCAGGGCGAGCUCAGUCAACCCGAGCAGCUCUUCCGAAAGAGUUGCACAGCAGAGAUUCGACACGCGAUGUGCACCACCAGCCAUGGCGGCAUGCGACCGAUACUUGCCAAAGUCGUGGCUGAACCAAGCACGCAGCCGAAGCUGGAGGGUUGGACGCGCUUCGUCUGCUUCAGCGAUACGCAUGGGAAACAUGCCGGCAUCCCUCCUCAACACUGCCCAGAAGCAGAUGUUCUUCUCCAUGCAGGGGACUUCACCAUGCAAGGGGAGAUUGGCCAGGUCGCAAGCUUUUCGGAGUGGCUGAAAGCUUAUCCGGCCCGGGAGAAGAUCGUCAUAGCUGGGAAUCAUGACCUCACUUUCGAGCCAGAUUUCAUGCGAAAGCAUGGUCGGGAUCCUGCUGUUUGUGACAGGGCCAGGGCUGCACUGGAGGGCUGCACGUACCUGGAGGAUGACGUGGCUGACGUCUUGGGGUACAAGAUUUACGGUUCACCUUGGCAGCCCGAGUUUUGCGACUGGGCCUUCAACUUACCAAGAGGGGAAGCCCUUGCCAAGGUUUGGUCCAGAAUUCCCGAUGACACAGACAUCCUGCUGACCCAUGGCCCUGCACAAGGCAUCUUGGACGGCUGCUUCAACGGAGUGCACGCUGGCUGCACGGACCUGCUGGUGGCGGUCAGGAAGCGCCACAUCCCCGUUGUGGUGUGUGGCCACAUCCACGAGGCCUAUGGCUUCGUGGAAGAUGGCAGCACUCUUUUCAUCAACGCGUCCACCUGCACUCUUCGCUACAGGCCGGACCACCCCCCCGUCGUCUUUGACAUGCCGCCAGUGGCCGACUUGCACCCACCGGCGGAGUACUACGAUGCUUUCACGAAGCGGCAGAAGAAGCUGCACGGAUCAUGGUCGUCCCUGCUCAAGGCUCUCGAGGACUCGCAUAACCUGGCAUCCCGUGCUGUGCCUGCAGCCAUGGAGCAGCUUCGGAGGAGUCGCUUGCUCCUCGCAGACUUCUUGCAGGAUCGAGAGGCGUUCAGUCUGGCAGUUCAGCGAGGGCAGCUAGUCGACGGCGAAAAGGAGAUGAAAGAGAGGCCGCUCAGGCUUGCAGCUUCGGCUUUGGUGUCCUCCUACCGCAAGGCAGUGGAGCUGCUCCGCAAGCGGCAGAUGAACGACCAGGUGGUUCAGGCGCUUCAUGAACUGGGGAACUUGCUCUGGCUCGAGGGCGACUCAAGCGGCGCCCGGGAUGCUUGGAGCGACGCAGUGGACACGGUCUUCCAAUUCCCCUUCGCCAUCAGAAACUGGAGCAAGUGCAUCGAAGCCAGCCUCAAUCCGCCGCAGGAUUGUGCUCGGGUGGAGAUCCUCCUCCUCACGGUCGUCAUUCUCUCGAAGCACGCCCGGCUUACAAAGCCCAAGGAGGUGACAGCUCACCUCAAUGCCGCGCUCUUCGCCUCUAACAUCAUCGAGGCCAUCCUUACAACGGCAUUGCCAAAUCCACCGCGGCGAGAUCAGUAUGCACUUGGCAGGCAUCGCCUGCGCGAGAUUUUCUUUGGUCUCCGUGAGACCAGGAUGAUACUUCCGCCGAGCAGUGUUCAUGGUGGUGUGGAUGGCGCAAACUUCCUUGGUGCGCUGGACUUCUUCCAAAACACACUUCUGGUGACAGACUACCAACCUGCACGCUGCCUGCCUAUUUGCACGCUGUACAACUACCUCGCCACUGACGUGUUCAGGAACAUGGCACUUGCAAUGAAGGGAAGGCUGAUGGCGGCUCAAGCGCUGAUCCGCUGCUGUUCUCUGACAGAGGCAUGGCUGGCUCUACAUGCCGUGUCACGUGGCUAUGACAAGCCACGGGGUCUCAUGGCCAGCGAGGCUUUGGACAUUGCGGUUGCCGAAGCUCAGGAGAUAACGGCAACGCAGCCAUUCCGGUGCUUUGAGGAGCCUUCCUCUGCUUCCAACGUCCAGGCCAUCAAUCAGCUGAUGGAGCUGACUCUGACGCCGGUGGGAGCUGGAGCAGCGGAUCCCGAGGCUACGACGCCAUCCGGAACCGCAGCGUACAAUCUCCGCCUCUUCAAGCAUCUCAAGGCAGAGUUUCUCGUCACUGUGUGCUCCUACCAGCGAGUCUUCCCCAAACUCAAUGAACCGCAGGAGAAGGACCGCACGGCCCUGUUUGACAAAGCAGAUGCACUGCUAGUGGAGAUCUGGAAGGAGAUCACAGGAAACGACGACGACAGAGAAGCCUGGUCAACCGCAAGCCGCACCUCCCGCGAGUCUGGCGGCGAGGAGCCGACCUUCUUGGAGCCCGUGAGGCCGCUUUCGGAAGAAGAAGGGGAACUCUGCGCGGAAGUACGCCUCAUGCGAGCAAAGGUGCAGGAAGGCAAGGGUGACCUUGGCAAAGCGAUCCAGGAGGUGUUGUAUGGAAUGGAGUUCCUUCGGCGACUCGCCACAUCCGGAACAAAAUCUAGCCAGGACUGCAACCUUGGAGCCGCAAGCUCCAGCAGGCUGAGGGCCCAUCCCGGCUCCAAGUGCUGGAUGCGCCUCCGAUCCUACAUGGCAAACCUGUUGGUGAGUCAGGGCCGACUCAAGGCGGCUGCAGCCCACAUUCAGCAGGGCCUCGAGGAGAGCAGAGUCACCCAACACGAUGUGGCACGCGUGGAGUUGCUGAUGACGAAAGUGAAGAUGGAGGUCCUAUCCGGAAGGCUUCUGGAGCUUCAGGGCGAGCGCCAUUUGGGAGCCGUCCCGGCGGCAGAAUGCUGCUUAGCAGUAGCCGCAAGGAACCUGCCCGUGCCAACUCCAAGCGCCGUGUAUGCACGCAUGAUGCUUUUCAACAUGCUGCAGCAGAAUCCAAGCUUGGUGCCGCUGAAGCGCACGGAGGACACCGCUGAAGCAAUGGAAGCAACCGGCGGAGCCGAAGAGGAGGAGUUGGAUCCGAGCGAGAUGCUGCUUCUGGAAGCUGCAGGGUCGAUUAUUAUCUCGCCAAUCGCCAAGCAGUUGCAGAAAUCGGGGGGCAAGAAGGGCGAAAGGAAGAUGACGUUUCAUGAGAUGCGGACUAUGCUGGCAGAUAUGGUUGCGGAAUGCCUCGGCGAUGUGGAGAAGCUUCUGGAGGUACAGGGGGUGCAGCGAGCACACCUGCACCCACGCAACGUGAACAGCUUCUGCGACUUUGGCCCGGACAAUUGCGGCGAGGAGGCAUUUAAGCCACCACCGGAUCCGCCGUUGCUCCCGGAGAUCAAACCACGCUUCCGCGAGCUGUCUCACAACGACUCGCGAGAGCCGCCCAAUAUCUACUUGCAGCUGAUGCCACUCCGGCUGCAUUGCCAACUGGUUUUGGCCUCCCUUCGCUUGGAGUUGGGCGAGAUGCAGGAGGCCUUCCAGCUGUUGCAGGAUGCAGAACUCUGUAUGACAAGGUGCGUCUAUCUGGUGCCGUGGAACUAUGUGCAGUUCUGCAAGCUGAAGCUGAGGUGGAGGAAGCUGACGUACCGCCUGGGUUUGGCGACAACGUCCUGUCCACUGGAUGCUCCAAAUGCAGUUCUGUAUCGCGACCCAAAGACGAUUGCGACCGGCAUUUGUCCAGCAACGGACUCCCCUCUUUACCGGACGUUCAUGGAAAGGGUCAAAGCUCCUCAGACUGUGGUUCUCUCAGAGUGGGUGCCUCCCUACGAGCGGCAGCCAGAGGGCCUUCAAAUGUACAUGCAGGAGUUCAUGGGCGUGGCAAAGUUGGUGCUGAAGGAAGGUGGCAACGACCUUCAACAGCUCUUGGAGCUUUUGGAUGAGGGCCUGGAGGAGGUCUUGCGAGUGGAGGCGCAGCUACUGCGGGAGCCCGAGCGGACACCGGACUACCGGCGCAUUUACCCCUUCUUUACAUGCUUCUCUUCCAUUGCAAGAAGUCGCAAGGCUUUGCUUUUCCCGGGAAAGGACGCUCCGAAGGGAGCUGCCGGACCUCCGCCCGUGGACCUGGAGAAGCUUCCCUUGAGAAUCGGGCUGGACCUGCAGCGACAUCUCCAGCGCCAG